GCGACUCCAUGUACCCGCACUUCUACACUACUUACCGCGGGAACUGGACGAAGGAAAUGCGGCCAACUGGGUGCUCGAACCAACCAGUGCUUGGUACUACUCCCAGGAAUUGCAACGACAACACUUGCAAGUUUUUCCCAAGCGUUGCUGACAACGGGAACGUGACUUCUUCCCUGAUGUACCUCCGGAAUUUGCCCAACAUCACCCAUUUUUGCGACUCGAAAACCCACGUGAAACAAGCCCCUACGAAGCACAACGUUUUGUGCAAUGGCAAAGACGUCGACUCCAUCAUCUCAGCCAAUGACGAUUUCAAAGACGUUUUCGAAGUUGCUGCGCCAGUUGGAGACACGGAGUUUGAGAUUCUUCGGGCAUCGAGCCGCCGGGUGGUGUUCGCGUUGGAUCGAUCAAACGCAACGUCCGAGCAGAAUGUGUGGUCAGCCCUGGGACCUCGAUUGUACGCGCUUCUGCACGUGCUGAACAGAACUGAGCCGAACAUGGAAAUCGGUCUGGUGGAAUUUGGCGGGGAUAAGACUGAGACU